AUGGUUGCCGGGGAUAACCAUGAUAUCAUCAGCUGGGAUCCACGAGGAGUCGGUGUCUCGACACCAAGAGUAGACUGUUGGAAAAACAGCCAGAAGAGAUUGAUAUGGAAUGUUCAAGAUGCAGGCGUUGUUGACGAGAAACCAGGGCUCGUUUACGAUGCUUAUGCACAUUCAAUGGCCUUCUCGGGAGCUUGCGAGAGCGGGGCCAACGAGACGGGCAUCUUUGAGCAUCUCAGCACUGUCUAUCAUGCUCGGGAUAUGCUCGAGAUCAUGAAUAGGAGUGGGCACGAGAAGCUCAGGUACUGGGGCAUGAGCUAUGGCUCCGUCCUUGGCGGAGUGUUUGCGUCCAUGUACCCAGACCAGAUCGAGAGGAUGGUGAGCGAUGGAAACGUGGAUUACACCAACUGGUUCCAGGGGGAUUCGGCCCAGUUCUUUCAAGAUGCUGACUCGAUUCUACUCGCCUUCGACAAAGCCUGUCACGGUGCUGGCGCCGAGGUAUGCUCGCUAUGGGCAGAGAGCCCUGAAGCAGUGGGAGAACGCCGCGAUGCUGUUCUUUCCAAGUUAAAAAAGAACCCUCUCAUCAUUCCUGCUGAGGUGAGGGAGUCAGGGCCUGAGAUGCCUCAAGUUAUCACUUACUCGAUCCUCCAGGUCAUCACCCGUACGAUCCUAUACUCUCCUCUAAAGCGUGCCCAGCUCCUCGCACAGCUGUAUUCGACCAUUGAAAGCGGCGACGCUGCGGCGUUCUACGAUGCCUCGGUCGGGUACAGAAGAAAGCUGGUAGGACAGGCGUGCGCCAUCGCGGAUAUCCCCGCGACCGAGCCCCAGGAGACGUCGAUGGAGAUGGAUGCCUUCCCGGCUAUUACAUGCUCCGAUGCGAAGCCAGAGGAGGACUCCCCUGAGCAGUUCAUCGAGUUCCUGGAGAAGCUGCACCGGGUGAGCAAGUGGGCUGGCGCCUCCAACAUGUAUUUCAAGAUGUCCUGCGUCGGCAGGACGAUACGGCCCAAAUGGCACUUUGCUCCUGACGAGGACACGAAGACCAAGACGAGCCAUCCCAUCCUAUUUGUCAACAACGUGUACGACAGUAUCACACCCCUAGAGUCCGCCUACAACAACUCUGCUCACUUCCCUGGGUCGGUCGUGCUCACCCAAAAUGCAUACGGACAUUGCUCGUCCUCCGCUCCCUCGACCUGCACGACCAAGUAUCUCCGCGCAUACUUCCAGAACGGGACGCUCCCGGAGCCGGGAACCGUCUGUGAGCCGGAAUACGAUUUCUUUGAGUCCCCGGGCGUGAGAGCACAGGAUGAGCUUUCGAGUGCCGCGUGGGAGAUGUUUGAGAAGGCAGAUGUAGUACGAAUGGGCAACGAUAUGGGCAUGGUUUAUGGCGUGUAG